CUCUAAUCAAUUUUUGACAUUCAUUUCACAGCUGUUUACUUACCGUAACCGUUUGCAGUAGGUCGUCUCGAAUCUGAGUUGUACUGCUUCGUUUUUUACUGAGAAUAUUUUGAUCAUUCUUGUAAAUGCAUCCGGCCACGAGUACUAAAGACGUUGUAAACAACGGCGACGACACAAAGAUGCCGAACGGAAGCUCCACCAUCGGGGUCCGCGAUGUCAGGAGUCUGACUGCUGCGCAAGCGGAAUACCAAAACGCCUACGACCGAGUGCGAGCUGAAAUUGUCUCCAGUGGUGUGGAUAUUUCGAAAUCGGAGCUCAAGAAACGCAUCAAGAAACAGCUAGCCGAUGAGGAGCGGAAGGCCGCGACGAAGCUGGCAAAAGAAAGAAAGCCGCAGGCCAAAGACUUGUACUUGCUAGAGCCUGAUGAGGCGGAUCCCAUGUCCACAGAUUCGAACAAUGGUCAGAUAUCGAAACCCCAGUUUGAAGAUGAAUCUGCGACGACGACUUCAGGUGGAGAGGAUGACGACGAUGGGUUUUUUAGCCCGUCUUCAAGAAGUAAUGCAACCGGAUCCGAAAGACGCCUGUCAGGCUGCGAUCGACAUGAGACCGGAAUGCCGAACAGGAAGCGCAACCAUCCCGACCGUACUGCCAGCAAUAUUAAGGCAGUGCAUCUGCAUCCUGAGUGCAAUGGUGGCGGCUCCUCUUCUUCCAGCUCCUCCUCAUCGUCAACGAAGACACCAGGAAAGUUGACGGAAACUGAUCAAAAUAUCCCCGUUGAUCAAGACGCAGCUUUUACCGAGCUCCUAGAUGUGCAUGCGCCCUUGUUAGGUAAAGACAAGUACUUGGGUGGCUCCGUAGGCGAAGACGGGUGUAUCUACGGCAUUCCUGGCCACGCCAAGCAAGUUCUCCGAAUUGACCCAGAAACGGGCAAAACAACGCUGAUCGGCCCUUCUUUCGUCGGCGAUUUUAAGUGGCUGCGGGGCGUGCUCGCACGCGAUGGCUGCGUGUACGGCAUCCCCAGUUGGGGCGAGGCUGUUCUGCGCAUUAACACUCGCCAUGGGCAUGAAGACUACAACCGAGUAGAGUUGGUGUAUCUAAGAGAAUCCGAUGAGCCUGAUGCCUUUAUUGUGCCAAUAGAAGGGCCAUGGAAAUGGCAUGGCGGAAUUGUGGCCCAGGAUGGUAACAUCUAUUGCAUGCCUUGUAAUUCGGACCAAGUGCUAAAGAUCGAAAUCCAGGACUGUGGGUGUAAACCAAAAAUUUCGCUUUUUGGCGACCAGGACCUGCUAACAAAAGGUACUACGAGUACGACGACAACUUCGAUGUCAGCAAAAAUAAAGAUAUAGUUUCGGUGUGAUUGCGAGAGCCGUGUGCGGAUUCUUACCCAUUAUUAACUCGGAUGUUCCGAGUUCGAAAAAAUCGUUCCAUGCUACUGUCAUAACUACAUGCGGUAUAACGAUAAAAUUUCGAUCCUCACGCUUACUAGCACUACCUUUCAAUUGUAGACGAUCAAUAUUAGUGUUGCACCAAUAAAAAAUUUCAGAUGCAGCCAAGUGGUAUGGUGGACAAAUGGCGCUUGACGGAACGAUGUAUGCUAUUCCGCAGAACGCUAGCCGAGUGCUGCGCAUCUGCCCUGAGACGGAGACAGUCCAGCUGAUCGGCCCCGACCUUGGAUGUUCAGGCUGGAAAUGGCACGGUGGCAACUUCAGCAAGAAAGAUGGUUGCAUUUACGGGAUCCCAAACAAUCGAGACACCGUUCUGCGAAUUAACCCCUACGACUUGGAGGACGUUGCCGAGAUCGGAUGCGUGCCUGGUGGUCAACAUCGCGAAGACGGGAAGUACAAGUACCUGGGUGGAGUCUGCGACGACGACGGGCAGCUGUACUGCAUUGCCGGUGACGGCGAUCGCGUUCUGAAAAUCGAGAUUUCUGGAGCAACGGCCCAUGCCAGAGAGAAAAAUGUGACGACGCUUUCGGAACACAAAUUUCUGUGUCCGCAGGAAUCGCCGUUGUACAAGCAAUCAGCCGAGAGCAGUGCAUACACCGUCGCCCUGAAGCUUGUUGGGGAGCCUCUACAGCAUCGUUGUGGUAAGCGCGUUCAAAACAAAUGGCAAAACGGCUUCUUUUCUCCACAAGACCGAUGCAUAUACGGUAUACCUCUGAAAGCCGAGGGAGUUUUGAGGAUCAACACAGAAACGGAGGAAACUGAAGUUAUGCCAAUACCAGGAGCGGAGCAUAUCCGUUGUGGAAAUAACAAGUGGGAGGGAGGCGUGUUCGGUAACGACGGAAACAUUUAUUGCAUGCCGCUCAUUUGCAAAUAUGUGCUGCGCAUCUCCCCUGCGAAAGAACAGCACAGGGGUGUAAAGUAAAGAAAUAGCUGUGCCUGUGGCGUUUAUUCACAUCAUCUUGUUCUUGAUCCGUUCCAAGAAGAUUAGCAAGCAUGUGCUUAAGCUAGUAUCACUUUCACUAGUAUCAGUAUUGCGGCUGUAACCGCAUCUCGCUACAACAUACUUCCAAGACGCGUUGGUUUCUCGAGUCACAAGAUCUGCCCCUCGUCUAAAUUUUCCCUCGUCUAAAUCAAUCUCCCGGGAAUGCAUGGCUAGUCGUCAUCGCUGUUUCUAAUCUGAAGGUUUUGCACAGGUUUCUCUGAGCAUCAAAUUAUCUGUUUAUGGCAACUGUGCGAGCAUGAAAAAUUUUCUGCAAACUUGUUCUACGACAGUCAACAUCAUGCACGAAUGAAAAUCUGUCUCUGUAGCAAUGAGACGCACCAGGU